AUGUCGAGCAAUUGUCAAAUACCAUGGAAAAUGCCAUUCGAUGAUGAAGAGUCGCACGAAAAUCAAUUAGAUGCAGCUUACGAAAAGAAUCGGUUAGAUCAUCACAUGCAAUUAAAUGUUGAUUCGAGUCCAAGACCUGUUAAACUUACAGGUGUAAUGGUUACGAUGAAGAAGAAUUCUUUAUUUUUAUUGAUAUUGUUUCUCUGUAAAAAAAAAUAUUACACAAAAAAAUUAGGUAUUACAAAUUCCUAUCCAUUGGCAAUCGCGGAAAUCAGUAAGGCCGGAGCAAAUAUAGUUCGUUUGAACUUAUCACAUCAAACAGACAAAUGGCAUGCUAUUACAAUAAGAUCCAUCAGAGAGGCUGGAAAUAUCUUAUACCAUUGUGAGAAAAAAAUUUGUCCCAUUGCUGUUGCAGUCGAUCUUAAAGGUCCUGAGAUACGUACAGGAAUUUUUCGUGGUGAUCCAUUAUCCCUGGAUCAUGCUGUAUUAGCAGAAGGUAACGCAGUACGUUUAUUGACGGAUGCUAAAAUCCAACGAGCGGGAACUUCUUCCUGCUUUUGGGUCUCGUAUCAAGAAUUAAGAAAAGUUUGUCAGAUAGGAGACAGAAUUUCGAUUGAUCGUGGCGCUGUAAUAUUAAAAGUAACUUGUAUCGCCAGUACCGGUGUUACCUGCAAAGUUUUAAAAGGUGGCAUUAUUGGUAAUGAAAAGACAAUUCAACUUUUGGACAGUAUCAUUACGUUUCCAAUGGUUUCCGAAAAAGAUAAGGAACAUAUUAAAUUUGCAUCGAAACUCGAAUGCGAUAUUAUUAUUAUCAAUCAUUCGCGUAGCGGUAAAAUGAUUCGUUUGAUAAAAAAUGAAAUAAAACAAACAGGUUUUAAUUGGAUGAGAGUUAUGGCGAAGAUUUGUUCAAAACAAGGUUUAGAAAAUUUCGAUGAAAUAUUAAAAGAAGCCGAUGGUAUAUUAUUCGAAAGGGUUGGCGUAGGACUUGAUAUAGGAAAAGAGAAAUUAUUUCUCGCGCAAAAAUCUGUAAUAGCUAAAUGUAACAAGGUCGGAAAACCCGUUGUUGUAAUUUUCCAUCCUAAAUUGAAGGAAAGACCAAAAAUUAAUAAAGAAUUGAUAGCGAAUGCGGUCUUAGACGGAGCGGAUACAAUUUGCUUGGCUACAGGAAAUUUAAACUUGAAGGAUACGUUGGAGUUAAUUAAAGACGCUGAUGUCGUAUGCAGAGAAGCGGAAAGUGCACGAUGGCAAAGAGAAAUUUUCGAUACUUUUAGUAAUAUGACAACGAUACCAUUGGACGUAACACAUUCGAUUGCUGUUGGCGCCAUUCAGACGUCCUUGAAAUGUAAUGCGGCUGCCAUCAUCAUCACUACUACAACUGGACGAAGUGCCGUAUUGCUUUCGAUAUAUCGACCACGAUGUCCUAUCAUAGCUGUAACACGUUUUGGUUUUGUUGCAAGAUUUUUACAAAUUUAUUUUGCCAUACAUUCGGUACAUUACAAGGCAUCACCUUUAACCAAUUGGCUGAAAGAUAUAGACGUACGGGUAAGAGCUGGUAUGAAUUAUUUAAAAGAAAAAAAUUACAUCAAAGUUGGCGAUGCUAUAGUGAUAGUUGGACCUUCCCAACAAAAUGGUGCAGGAUUUACAAAUUCUAUACGUCUUGUCUAUGUUUCACCUGAUUUUAAUAAAUUCAAGCCAAUGGAAUCUAAUCCAACGGAAGCUGAAUAAUUAUAAAAUCGUUUUACUUUCUUUACAACGAACAAUGAUGAUUAGGAA